AUGGCGGAAGCAAGUUUUUUCAUCAAACACGAAUCUGACGAUCGCAGCAAUCCUUUCCUGAUGUCUCACUCCGGUUUCAUGGGUAACCAAUUUGGGAACCCCAACGAUGGGGUAGACCCUUCCGACUUGACGAUGCAGCAGGGCGGCUUCAUGCCGUACUCCUAUGGCUCGCAACAGAACAUGUCCUCCAGCUUCAACUUUGGCAACUCUGGAAUUGAUACCGAUGAACUUCUGGACCUGGAGAUCAGCGGACAGAACGGCGUUCCCCGCGGUGAUAACAUCAACUACAUGCAGGACCAGUCCGGUGGUAUCGCCAUGAGUCACCAGAGCCAGAUGUCACAUCUUUAUUCAAACACCCCAGACAACGCCCCGAUGGCCAGUCCUUUCGUUCACAACAGCUUUAACUACGAGCAAUUCCGAAUGAACCAGCAGAACAACCACCUCCAGAAUGCCAGCUCUUUUGACCAGAACUACAUGAACAACAAAGCCCGACCGAGCUUGCAGACGAUGGACCGGACCUCAUCGGAUGCCCGCAGCCCCAUGACCCCAAAGACUCCUGCCCUGGGAUCUUUGACCUUGGGUACCCCGGACUCCGGCAGCUUCCCCGGUCAGCCUAUCCGAACCGGUGGACUCCAGGCCCGUCAUCAGAAGACCUUGUCGAACCAGUGGGACGGUACAUCGGGCAGCGCACAUUCAUACGCUGAGUCGCCGAUUUCCUCUCCCGGUCACCACUCGCACCAUGCCGGCAUUUCAGAGAUCAUCAAAUCCGGUAAACAUGCAUCAUUGCCGGCCAAGGUUGACCAUUUGCCCGGUAGCGGCCAAGAUUUAGAGUCACAAGAGGCCAAGCGCCGACGGCGCCGUGCAUCACACAAUCUGGUUGAGCGACGUCGCCGCGACAACAUUAACGAACGCAUCCAGGAUCUUUCUCACUUGGUACCACAGCACCGACUCGAGGAUGACAAGGUGCGGAAGCAGCUGGUGAAUAACAGCACCCUUUCCAUGGCUGGUGCUGGCGGCAAUGCUGCGACCUCUUUGCUUGCUGGCGGCAAUGGACGCCGCGCUACACCAGGCAAUAUCACCAUGGGUCUUCCCAUCGAGGAGAAAGAGAAGGGACCCAAUAAAGGCGAUAUUCUCAACGGCGCUGUCAGCUGGACACGCGAUCUGAUGUGGGCCCUUCACAUCAAGUACCAGCAAGAAGCCGAGCUGGCCGAAAUGAUCAGCAGCCUCGGUGGCACCUGGCCCUUCGAACCGACGGAAGAGGAGAAGCGCAUGCGCAGUGAAAUCCUUGAGGCACUCGAGAGAAACGACCCCAGCUCUUUCGCCUACACCCGCGGUCCUGGCAGCGGUCUCCGUGUUCCCAAGCACACAAACCUGGCCGGUGACCCUGUCGGACCGGGCGGCGACGGCCUCACCCCACCCAACCUGAGCCCCUCGUUCCACAGUGGAGGCAGCAGCGCCAAUGGUCAGCCUCAGUACUGGAGUAGCGGCGGCCACGCAGCCCUGAGCUUCAAAGAGGAGGACGAAUACGCCAUGGACAUUUAA